CAUAUUAUCCCAAGACAAAGUUUUUCCAGGCCUUAGUGGGAGAGGGCAGCUUCAGCUAGCCAGUGGUGGUGGUGUUGGUCGUCAGCAGCAAGCAAGCAAGCAAGCAAGCACAUACCAGGCCAAGCACAGCAGCAGCAGCGCUUCCAGACACAAGCACACGGCAGGAGAAGGAGGAGGAGGAAGAAGAAGAAGAAGAAGAAGAAAGAGAAGAGCAGGGGGAGUUGCUUGUGCCCACAGUCUGGACCUGGAAAUCUGGAAACGUAGAGAGACAUAUUUUCCUCAUCAAAAUCCUCUUCGACGAGAGCCGCCGUCGCGUCUGGAGAAUCUGGAACUCCUCUGGAAUUCUCUCCUCCCUGACCCCCGAAGGACCUCUCCAACUCCGGCUCUCGAGAGCCGUCGCGUCUGGAACGCUGGAACUCUCCUGGAACUUUGCUCGCUGACCCCAAGAGGACCUCUCUAACUCCAGCUAUUGAGCCUUAUGUUUAUCGCGGAUUCCUGGAGCCCAAUGAAUCCCUGGGGGACAACUGACGGCGGUCCAUUUUACUACGGAGGAGGACGAGGAGGCGGAGGACGAGGAAGAGGGGAAGAAGGAGGAGGAGGAGGAGGAGGAGGAGAUUACGGGUACAUAGGAGUCCCCGGGCAAGUCCCCGAUUACGAGACCCUAGAGGCGUCCUUCCAUGCGACUGGACCCCUUCUGGAAAACAGCGGGAACAUCGACGCCCUGUGCCACACGUACCUAGGAAGCAACAGCGGGUCGCCUGACGAGGACCUACAUUUGGAUCUGGGCGGGUUCCAGGCUUCUGCUUCUGCUGCUGCUACUACUGCUGCUGGGGGCGCUGCUUCUCCUCUAGGGGCGCCGCCGCCGUCGACGAACUACAGAGCGAAGGAUCCCAGACCAAAGAAGGAAGAAACGAAGAGACGAAAACGGAGAACAGAAGAAGUAUACGAUCAAGGCAUCUGCAGUUACACAGAGCGCGCAGGCGCUGCCCACACCCACCAAGAAUACUUCAUACCGGAGGCUUCGACGGCCGGGGCCCUGACCAGUAACCUUUACGACCUUGACCUAGGAAACUGCCGCCACAUGGAACAGUUUGGAGACGACCGGACCCCCUUCCCGGACCAAGAGCAGGAAGGUGUGACGAAAGCAGUCAGUACGAAAAUUAAAACGGCAACCAGACGAGGAGAACGAGGCCCCAAGUCCUGGGAGUUCUUGGUGCGCCUACUCGCCCACGAGAAGACCAACCCCACCCUCAUCCGGUGGGAGGACGCCGAGGAGGCCACUUUCCUGCUGGUGCAACCCACCAUCAUCGCCCAGAUGUGGGGCGCGAGGUCCGAGAACCCGAACCUGUCCUACAAUAACUUCGCCCGGGCGCUGAGGUAUCACUACAACAGCGGAGCGUUGGAAGCGGUGUCCGAGAGGCAGUUCAUGUACAAGUGCGGCCCCCGGGCCCUGGAGUAUUACAGACUCCUGAAGGAGGAGAAGGAAUCCUACGGGAAGGAAGAGGGAGACAUCCAGGACGAUUCGUAGUGCCUCCUCUCCUGGUGGUCAUUCCUGAAUGCUCGGCGGAAUCGGCGAUCGAGGCAUUUUCACUGAAACAGGGUAAAUCAAGAGUCAAAACUCUAAUCUUCCUCUACUUUUCCUUUCUCUUCUUCUUCUUCUUCUUCUUGUCUCUCUAGAUCUGGAAGGCUCUGGAAAUAAAUGGGGUCUCCUUUUCUUUCCGUUUUCCAGGAGCGUCUGCAGAACGACAAACACGCAGACUAGAAUCGGGUCUGGUAUUCAGUUGUGAUUGCAUCUUUCCAUAUAUUCAUAUGAUUGAUUAUCUCUCUUUAUUUAUAUAAUUAUAUAUAUAUACGUAUAUAUAUAUAUAUAUAUAUAUAUAUAUAUAUAUAUAUAUA